ACGCGACCAGAGACCAGACCACGUGUGUCCUGUUUCGUUACUGUACAGGGAAACAAGAUGGGAAAAGUAAGGAAGACGCGAAAGAACACCUUCAAAUACAGCGUUAACAGAAAGAAGCUGAAGCGCAGAGCGAGGAAGAAGGACGCGCCGCGUAUCGCAUGUGAUGAAAUCAGAAAAGCUUGGGACGACAACAGGUCUGUAGCUUCAAAUCUGGCCGAAAUGGGCCUUGCUUUUGACCCAAACAAGGCUCUCCCAAUCCGUGCAGACGCAGGCACAAGUACUGAACAGAAAAUUGUCAGAAAGCCAUAUGUCAUACAAGAACUGAAGGCUUCAGCCAGCCUGCCAUCCAAAAAAACAAUGACCAUAUCCUCUGACAUGGUCCAUUACGUUCGUCACAUGGUAGAAAAUUAUGGUGAAGAUUACAAGGCAAUGGCACGAGAUGAGCAAAACUACUACCAGGACACCCCAAAACAAAUACAGCGUAAAGUGAACCUGUACAGGCAGCAUCACCCAGCUGAAUACCAAGCUCUGCUCACAUCAAGAGCAAAACAAUGAGAAGAUGACCAAUGACUCACAGGCUCUGGAGAGAAGCCAAGAUACGGCUGAGAAAGUGAAAACCACAGGAUGUAUUCUAUCACUUGUCACGUUCAGGAGAUCCAGCUCUGUUUAAACAAUAAGAGACUUGGAAAAGUUUUCACAGAGAUGUGCAGCCUUGAAAUGGACACAAGAUGUGUGUUAUCUUACAAUAUAUAUAUAUAUAUAUAUAUAUUUUUUUUACAUUAAAUAAACCACAAGAAUGUGUUCCUUA